AUGUCACCACCAGUGCAACGCCAAGUCCGAUUCGAUAUUCCAAUGGAUACCGAUGAGGAAUCUCAAUACAAUGGUGAAUCUAGAUCACCAACAUCCAAUGCCUGCCCAUUCUAUUUUGGCUUUGGUGCGCCACCGCCACCGCCACCGCCGAGGUUUAACUUCAGCAUGGACAUCCCCAUGUUGGCGGUGGAAUCCGCAUCUCCCACAAUGCAGCAGCCAUUGAAUGUGGGAUUUCAACUUCCCAUCCAAGCGAAAACUCCACCGCCGUCCUCCACUCACCAGCCAUUCAAUUUGGGGUUUCAGCUCCCACCUCCCUCCACCCCGGCCCAAGCAGCACUACCUGCCGGCCCAGUCCAACAGCCGUUUAAUUUGGGCUUUCAGCUCACCCCUUCCCCCACCUCACCCCAAGCAGAACUACCUGCCGGCCCAGUCAACAAGCUGUUUAAUUUGGGCUUUCAACUCACCCCUUCCCCCACCCCGCCCCAAGCAGAACUACCUGCCGGCCCAGUCCAACAGCCAUUUAACCUUGGCUUCCAACUCCCCAUGCCCAUCAACCACACACCGGCGGCAGCAAAUGCUGCUCCGGCAUUUAACUUGGGGUUCAAUCUCCCCGUCCCGGCGACCCAGACACCAGAGGAAGAAUCUGCUGCCAUGGUGCCGGCAGUACAAACCACAGUCCGGCAUGUGGGCUAUGCCACCAACAACAGACCGUUCCAGUUCAACUGUGAGCCUCUCUCACCCAUAGGAGAUUGGAAUCCGGUGCUGAUCCGAGCACCAUCGCCGAUUCAUGCUGAUGGCCCAUCUGCUACCAUGCAGCCGGCACCUGUUGCACCGCCUGUGAGGCCAACAUUAGCAUCUUUAGUUGGCGAUGCCAAGCAAGCGGUGAUCGACAUUGUCAGACGCCUCCAAGGAGAGGAAUUUGAUCAAGUGGCGGCGAUGAUGGUCGGCGGGUCCUUAGGUGUCGGCGAGAGCAUCCGGGACCCUAAGCCUGACGAGGUCUUGGACAGCAACUGGAUUCUGAUGUUGGCGUUCUGUGAAAUCCGAGACAGGCUGACCAGGAUCUUCAAAGACAUGAUUAGCUUGCAUCAUAUGGCACAGGUCCAGGAUCGGGUCGCCCCAAUGGUGACCACCCUAUUGGCUGAGGUGGAGAGAGCAGAGGAAUUGAUUUCCGACUCUGAUGAGUAG